AUGAAAAAGAAUUUGGAAAGAGCAAGAAAUAUUUUAUUGGAACAAAAGAAAACUAUUUCACAGUUACAAAAUCAAAAUCAACUAUUGAUAUCAAAUCAAAAUGAUAUAGUAGAAGUAGUAGUAGUUUUAACAAAAACUACAACAAUUUUAAAUAGCAACAAAAUUUACAACAACAACAACAACAACAACAACAGCAAUCACACUAAAAGUAAAGAUGAUAAAGUUAUUGUUGAAGUAUCAAAUAGAAUCAUCUCUUCAUUGAAUGAUCAAGAGAAAAGAUAUUUCGAGCUAUUCAAGAGUGUAGCAAAACAUAAUAAUUUACAAGAUAAAGUAGAAUUAAGAGUUUCUGGUGGUUGGGUUAGAAAUAAAUUACUUUCUAUUGAUAGUUCAAGUAGCGGUUAUUUCGAUAUAGACAUUGCAAUCAGUGGUAUAACAGGUAGAGAAUUCGUAGAUUUAAUAGAACAUUAUAGAAUAGAACAUGGUUUAUCACAAAAGAAAUAUUUAGUUAGAAGAAAUCCAGAUAAAUCAAAACAUUUAGAGACUGCAUCGAUUGUUAUUGAUGGUUAUACAUUUGAUUUCACUGGUUUGCGAGCAGAGCAAUAUGAUACUCAUACUAGAAUACCUCAAAUUGUUGAUGGUACACCUACAACAGAUGCAUUUCGUAGAGAUAUUACAAUCAAUUCAUUGUAUUUCAAUUUGGAGACAUAUCGUGUUGAAGAUUUCACUGGCAAUGGCAUUGAUGAUCUGUGUAACAAAUACAUUCGAACACCACUCUCACCUCAUAUCACAUUGAUAGAAGAUCCACUUCGUGCACUAAGAGUUUUAAGAUUUGCAACUAGAUUUCAUUUCAAUAUAGAUCCUUCUUUAUAUAGAUCAAUUGAGUCAAUUGAAGUUAGAAGUGCGCUUGGAUAUAAAGUUAGUAAAGAAAGAAUAAAGAAUGAAUUUUCGUUGAUGAUGUCUAGUUAUGAUAGUGGUGCAAUUCAAUACUUUAGAUAUUUGGUUGAUACCAAUUUGGUGGAUGUAGUUUUCCAAUCGACUGGUUCAAUACAGAUUACCAAAGAAGAUUGGUUGCUAUCGCUCAAUUAUUUGGAACAUUCGUUGCGAUUCAAACAUCAGUUAUCGAAAGAGAUGCAGGAGGAUUUCAUUCUCGGUGUUCUGAUGUUGCCCUUGAAGCUAAAGUAUCACGAUGCUCUGAAUUUGGAGUAUCUAUUGGAGCAUUUCAAAUCGUCAAAGAAACAGGUUAGAACGGUGCUGUCAAUUAUAUCGUCACCAGAGAUUCUCAUCAAUCAGGUGAUCAAAACAUUGUUGUUACCUUCGAUGACCAUCACCAAAGAAUCGUUGACACAACCACAUCUUUUCGAUCAAAUAACACUACCACUACUAGGUUGGCUAAGAAACAACGAGUGUUGGCAAAUGGGAUUAUCAAUAUCAGCCGUUCAUUCUGAAAUCAUCAAUCUACCAAUUGCUCAUGUUGAUAAAGGUAUGAAUUAA